CGACGCCCAGCUCAUUGCAAGCAGCGGCAUAACAAGGCACUGCUGAGGGGAAGGGCCCAGCUCCGCGCACGGUGCAGCACGCACAAGCCCCGCUGCAGGGCUCGCUCGCCAUGGGGUGGACUGGCCGCGUGCUGCCUGCAGGGCUGGCCUGGAUUGGACCCCAGGCUGUGUGCACGCACAAGGCCACUCCGGCAGGGCACCCCAUGCACUACGUGCAGAGUGAGCCCUGGAGUAGGGCUGCUAGGUGCUGCACGUGAGGCUGGACUGGCUACACGCAGCACGGGGCUGAUGGUGCACACCGUAUACGGCUCUGCCAGGCUGGCCUCGCACGCUGGCUCUGGCACGGCCCAAUCUGGAGCAGCCCCAGAGCCAGCGCACAGGACCAAGCCGGGACAGGCACCACCUGCAUCGCACCCUAGACCAGCCUCAGACUGCGGGCAACACCCCUGGUGCUGGGUCCAGCCUGUGCACCAGGCUGGCUUUGCAUGCCACACGAGUCAGUCCGAGACCCAGGGGCCAGAUCAUAGGGUUGUAUAGGCCAGAUCCGGCCUGCAGCCCAGACAUUCAGCACCCCUGCCUGAACCGUUCCUGGCCUGUUGGCCAGGGCGUGACAACCUAGGGUCCACUGAAGUGGGCAUCACGCAGGACACCGGCCUGGGCCUCCAGGGUAGGGGGGUGUGGCUGGAGAACAGAAAAUGUAAAGGCCACUCAGUGCUGUGCUCAUGUCUUUCAUCUGGUGCUUGGGAAUCCAAGGCUGGACUCCCCACCCCAAGGGGAAAGAGCUGCUGUGGCUUUUUGGGAAAAACACCAGAGACCCAAGCCCUCUGGGUUGGUGAACAAGCACCAGGUGGGAUUACCUGGAAGGUUAGAAUCCAAAUCAUCUGCUUUUCCAGUGGUCACAUGGUGUCGCUCUUUCUUCACCAUCGUACAAGUGGAAAUGCAUUCCCUUGGUCUGAGAGGAAAGAGCUCGUACCAAAGACGUGACUCUAGGUUACUUCACAGCUGGAAUUCUCAGAUGACCUGGAUCUUAUUCUCCAGUCCUCCACGAGCUCUCUCCAUGGCAGAGCUAUUAGAGACUGCUCAAGAGGUGUCCAAAAUGACCAUUGCACAUGAGAUUGUGCUGAAUCAUGACUUCAAGGUACAGCAAGUGAACUUUGCACCAGACAGCCUGGAAAGCAGAGUGAAGGAGACCUUGCACAAAGCCUUCUGGGACAGCCUGAAAGAACAGCUCUCCACUAGCCCACCAGACUACACACACGCCAUCCGGCUGCUGCAGGAAAUCAAAGAGACCCUACUGUCACUGCUGCUGCCACGGCAGACCCGCCUACAGAGCCAGAUUGAAGCUGCCCUGGACGUGGAGCUGAUCAGGCAGGAGGCCGAACAUGGGGCACUAGACAUUCCCAAUCUCACCAUGUACAUCCUCAGCACAAUGGCAAUGCUUUGCGCGCCCAUCAGAGACGAGGAAGUGCAGAGACUGCGGAGCCUGACAGACCCAGUUCAGCUGCUCAGGGAGAUUUUCAGGGUGCUUGACUUGAUGAAAAUGGAUAUGGUAAACUUCACUAUCCAGAGCCUCCGUCCCCACCUGCAGGACCGUUCCAUCGAGUACGAGCGGAAGAAAUUUCAGGAGCUCCUAGACAAGCUGCCUAGCAGCCUGGAUCACACGACAGAGUGGCUACGCAAAGCAGCAGCAGACACCUCUGCAUCUCCUUCGCUGUCCCCAUUCCAGCCUGAGUCCAACAUCCCACCUGCCUCAUCCCUACAGGGGGCAGUCCACAGGAGUUCAGACCUUCCAAGUCCCACAUCUGUGCUAAACCAAGGCUACAUGAGUCUGCUCCAUUGGGAGCUUGGACAAGAAAAAUAUCCCGAGACACUGUUGAUGGAUCAAGCUCGGCUGCAGGAAGUACGAUCACAGGUGAAUCGUCUUACCAUCAUAGCUGCGGUCCUGCUAGUGACCACUGGCAUGUGUGGAAGCGCCUUGUGCAGCUCACCUGGGUUUGUAGAUAGGCUGAAACGGGUAACAGAGGUCCUCCUGGAAGGGCUCCCUCAUACCAGGUUUGAGGAAGCUUUACUUGACAUCAGCCAUCAAGUAUGCCAAGAAGUUAGUCGGACUCUCUCUCAGCUGGGUUGUCCUCCUCUCAGCAGUGACAAAACUGCUUCCCUCAAAGGGCAGAUAAAGAGCAUCACAGACAAGGACAACGCCGUUCGAAGUGUCAUCGAGCAACGGAUCCAUUCGUUCCUCAGCCUCUGCCUGUCUCCUACUGAACAGAAAUCUCUCGAGAACUUUCCAAAAGGCCUCGCUCCUAUUCAGGAAGAACUGAGGGAAGUUGGCCGCAGGUUUGGCAGCGUGACUCAUCACAAUAGGCAGGUGUUUGGACCCUACUAUUCAGGAAUUUUAAAGAAAGUCCUCCUCCCAGAGGUGGAGCCAGAGGCUGGGAUCGAUUCUUUCUAA